AUAUAGAUGUUAUUCAAUUAAUCGGACUAAUCAUCAGUGAUUAGACAUCACUAAUUCACUAUCUCAUAGACAACUUUAAAAAAGUAAUGCAAACGAAUCAAACGAAGCGCCAUGUUAGCUAAAAACGUAAACGGAAAAGAAAGUGUUUUUUUUUAAAGAUUUAUGGUGUUAUUGUCCGACGUUAUAAACGUUCUUUAUUUUCUUAUAAGAGUUAUGUGAUUAAGUAUUUAUUUAUCCUAUUAAGAAAACGUUAUCUGAAGAAAGGUGUAAGCCAUGGCUCUACCUGCAGAAGCUCAAAGAUCUUUCAGACUUUACGUGACCCAUGUGGAUGGUGAAGGUCUUUUUCUGAAGAUAAGUGGUCAGCUAGAUCAACAAUCUUCCCUGAUGGUCGAAAGUUUAUUUGAAACCGCUCGAAAUAAUUUAGAACAGGGCGUAGGAGUUGUACCACCGACAGCUAUCCACGAAGGUGUAAUUUGUGCCGCCAAGUAUAAAGAUGGAACCUAUUAUAGAGCAAAAAUUAUUAAUGUGACGAAUCUCGCUACCGGCUUAGUCGGAGUGCACUUCAUUGAUUACGGUAACAAAGACAUUAUUUCAUUAAGUACUAUACGCUUCUUAGAUAGUUAUGAUCCUAUGUUUUUACAAUUACGAGGCCAGGCCACGGACUACUAUUUAUCUCGUGUCAUGCAUCCGUCUGGAAGAUGGGACGAACCUUUACUUUUAAAACUUCAGAGUUUGCUCUGCUACGCUGAAUACCCUGCGACAGUUGAGGCUCAAACAAUGUCAUUACCAAUUAUAUCAAUACAAUUUAAAGGGAAUGAUUUAUCAACACAUCUUGUAUCAAAAAGGUUUGGAGUUGCAUUACCGGUACCCAAACAAGAAGUUCUGCUGUUGCAAAUGGCUGACAAUCAGCAUGGAACAAGCUGGUCACCAACCUUGCUGACUGACACUUCACCUUUCACGGAACAUGUACCAUUCUUAAUUAAUCAAAACUUCCCUAACCCUGCAUCUGCUAUGCGUUUGAAUCAAAAUGUAACAGUACCAUUUAAUGGUCCCCUUGUUAACUCUGGGGUGGGCCAGAGAUUACUAGUCAACAGAGCCUCAAGGAACAUGGUGAAUCUAAGAGCCCCAGUACGUCAACCACAAAAUGCUCAAACUUCAGCUCCAUUAGCUUUACCUACUACACCACCAGCGGUAUCUACAAUAACAAACAAAUCACCGUCUCCUAAAAAAUCUAUAACUUACAAGAGUAGACUUCUUGAAGUUAAUUCACAGCACAAAGUAUUUGUAUCAUUUGCUGAAGAAGGCCCUGAGCUAUUUGCUGUUCAACUUGUAUCAGAUGCAAAGAAAUUGCAAGACAUGAUGGAUGAUAUAAAUAGAAGGCCACACAGUAGUCUCACCGAGCCUCCUAUGAUUGGAACAGUGUGUCUUGGUAGAAUGUCUGGAGAUCGUAUUAUUUGCAGGGCAAUUGUAAUGAAUUUGUCUGGAUCUCAGUGUAAAUUAUUCUUUGUGGACUUUGGAGAUACAGAAAUGGUGUCAUACUAUGAUAUUUUUGAUAUUCCUGAGGAGUUUGUUAAGCCAAAUGUUUUUGCUAUGCGUUUUUGUUUAUCUGGUGUAAAGAAGUUACAGAAGAGCCCGCAUUUGAAUGAGGCAUUUAAGCAACUAGUUAAUGGUAAGGUUUUGACUUUAAGAGUAGUGUCACCGGAAGGACCACCUCUGAUUCAGUACGGAGAGCUGUUUUUGGACAACAAAAGUAUAAUCGAAUUGUUAAUGACAAAUAUGAAAGAUAAAUUGCAAUUUAAGUGGAUGGAGAUGCUGCCAUUAGGGAGUAAACAAUCAGUAUUAGUGUCAUAUGUAGAUAGUUGUAUAAAAUUCUAUGUACAAUUGUCUGACAAAAUUGAUGAUCUUAAGGCUGUCAUGGGUGCUGUUAAAAACCACUGUGAAAAUACUUCAUCACCAGGAGAGGUAACUGUGGGUUCUGUAUGCUGUGCAAGGUUUCCUGAUGAUGAUAACUGGUACAGAGCAAUGGUUAUGGAAACUUCAGGGAACAAAGUUGUUGUUGCCUAUGUAGACUAUGGUAAUGAGCAACAAGUCGAGAUCUCAGACUUGAGAACAAUUACACCAGAGUUGACAAGACUGCCUGCACAAGCCAUGAAAUGUGCGCUUAAAGGGUUUGAAAACAGACCGAUAGAAACAAAGACAUCGAACCAAUUGGAAAUGUUAGCCUUAGAGAAAACUCUAAUGGCACACAUAGGUGGUGUUUUGUCCAAUGACACUAUGCUUGUUACGUUGAUUGAUGACACUGUUACACCGCCACUGGAUGUGGCUAGAAAAAUGAACCAGCUGUCUCAACCAAGAAGCAACACAAUUGAGACCAAAGCGACAACACCGGUACGUAAAGAUGCUCCAGAACCUUUCAGUUCUCCGGAGAGUAGUGUUCCUGAUGACAGUAGGAAAAGAAGUUUCAAGCGCGAAAAGAGCUUCAAGGAUGAGAGACGUAGGGAUGGAGAGGAAUUCAGUCAAAGAGGAAGCAGCUUCCGUGGACGAGAUCAAAAGGAGGGCUUCGAGAGAUCAGGCGCGGGACGUCACAGUGAAAAAUACGGCUCGAAGCCCGAAAGAGGCGAAAGACGUGGUCCACCGAGGCCUCGUGAAAACAACGCUCCGCCUCCCACGAAUAACGUAGAUGACUGGGAAGAAAACGCUCAGACCAUGCCUCCGCCGGCAAGGCCCAACAGAGACAACGCGAGGGAAAGAAGAAAACCUAGGACAGAGCUUCAAGACAAAAGAGGCGCGUGGAAGAAGGAAGGAAGUGGAGUUGGCAAACGACUAAGGCAGGCAGCUGAAGCCGCUUCGUUAGACGCGCAAUCGCAUACGCUUACCGGCCAACAAAGGGCCACCUCCAUACAGGACAGAUUGAAACGUGAUAAUAGAUUCACUCAAGAUGAAAACCACAGGACUGAUGAUCGCGGCAAUAGAAACUUUAGACCCGAGAGAAGGGACAAUCGAGGUGAGAGACGUGAUAAUUGGGGUGACAAGAAAGAUAACUGGAACCAAAAGCGAGAUAACAGAAACGAAAGAGGAGAAAGACACGAUAGAGGUGAAAGGCAUGACAGAGGAGAGCGAGUAGGCAGAAAUAAUUUCUCGCCACGAGAGCGAGCUGAAAGAAAUGACCGUUCGUUUGCGGCCGACGGUGACAAGAGAUCCGAAAGGAGCUUCCGGUCUCAAGAUAGCGGAAGAGAACGUAACGGCCGAGCACCGCCAUACAAACCUCGGGGCAAGUUUACUCAAGUUCAAUACAAAGAAUUAACCAAACCGCUACCCCUAGAGACACCGUUUAUUGAACCGUCCGUCGAAAUAGGAUCACAGCAUGAAGUGUCCGUCACGUGGAUAAUCUCACCAGAAAACUUUUACACACAAAUAUUAUCGUUACAACCUAAAUUUUUAGAAAUGAUGCACAUUAUUCCCGAAUUAUAUAAAGGAGUUAAGUCUUAUUCUGGAAACGUCCCAGUUGGUGCUUCGGUAUUAGCCCGAUACCCGUCGGAUGGUGUACUCUAUAGAGCAACAAUAGUUUCAGUCCAGCCGUUCUCAAAGUUCAUAGUUCGUUAUGUGGACUUUGGUAACAAGCAACUCGUGGAUGCAAAAGAUAUUUGGCAAAUGGAGGAACAAUUGAUGGAGGUUCCAAAGAUGGCUGUUCAUUGUUCCCUGUCUGGUGUAGGCCCUAAGGAUGGCGAUUGGAAGGCAAAUCCAGAAAUAGAUCUUUGUUUCAACGCCCCACGUUACCAGUGCGUGUUCCAAGAAUGUUUAGAAGAUCAGUACAAGGUGUCUCUAUGGAACAAUGGCGUUAGUGUAGCUGAUCAUCUCGUUGAAAAGCAGCUAGCUAUUAUGUCGGAAAAUCAAUCGUCAGUCACUUUGAAAGUGUUAUAUGGUACAUUUUCAGAUGAGGCAAUUGACUUGACAAUCAUUGUUGGCCAACAAAUACUAUGCAGGGUGACACACGUGGAAUCGUUCGAUAAAUUUUUCGUUCAACUUGAUUUGGAUAAAGCUGAUUUGGUUGAAAGUGCCAUAGCCAGCUUCGAUGAGGCUAAGUUAACGCCACUGAUUGCUGAGAGUCUUCUAGACGGAGUCCAUUGUACAGUUAAACAUGACCAUAAAGUAUAUCGCGCAAUACUUAACGAUGUCUCCGAUACCAACAAUAUAGAAGCUAUUUUACCAGAUUACGGGAAUUCUAUUACUACCACUUUGGAUAAGCUAAUGAUACUACCAAAAGAACUGAGUGUUUAUUAUUAUCAAUCUCUACAAUGCUGUCUAAAUAAUUAUACAAAAGACUCGAAAACUUUAAUGUCUGUUGAUGACCUGAAGAAAACACUGACUGGAAAUAAGUUUAUAAUAUUCGUUAAUAAUGUCGAAGAGAUCUCGUUGAUUUCAACAUUGUAUGACGGAUUAACUGGUCAUAAGGUAGCAAUAUUCGAGCCGGAUUAUGGAGCUUAUGAUGAAGUAGUGCCCCUGUGUACGAGAGCCGUGUUCAAUUACAAUUUCGGAAACGCUUAUUUGUCACAUAUAGAAAACCUUAACGAAUUUUAUUUGCAAAAAUCUUCCGAUGGUGAUAAGAUUGCUCAAUUCUUAGAAGAUUUAUACAAAUUCUACGAAGAAGGUACACCUGAGGCUCUAACUGAAUUUGAAGCAGAUGCAUUAUGCGCAGCUAAAUCAUCUGACGGUAACUGGUAUAGAGGAACGAUACUUAGCUCAUCUGAGACUGAAGUGAAAGUACAAUUCCCAGACUAUGGUAACUCUGAAACGGUGUCUAAAGAAUCGCUCAAAAAACUCGAUUCUAAAUUCUUUGAACCGUGUUCUUUAGCUCUAGUCGCUAGCUUGGGUCUUGUCUCUCUACAGGAUGAUACUAUUAGUAAACUGCUAGAAUGGACAACUGAAAAAGAAAUUCAGGUCACUCUUGCAUUUGGUAAUGAUGGAUGGCUUGCAAAUCUACACUUAGACGGUGUCGAUCUUUCUAUAAAACUAAUUAAUGAAAAGUUAGCUGCCCCUCAGAUCGCUUCUGAUGAAACAUCCGAAGAACCCACAUCCGAAGUUCCUGUGGAAGAGCCAAUUUCAUUACCGGAAGGUUGUACACAAGUUUACAUUAGUCAUAUUGAUACACCUGGACACUUUUGGUUACAAAUGUUAAAUAAAGUAGACAAAAUAGAAGAAAUCCAAGCAGAAUUGCAAAGUAAUGCAGAUAGUUACACCGAUAUUGAAGCUAGAGAAAUGGGAACAUUAUGUGUUGCUAAAUAUUUAGCAGAUGAUCAAUGGUACCGAGCAGAGAUUCUCGAUUCAGAUUCGGAUAUAACAACUAUUCGUUUUAUUGACUAUGGCAACACUGAUGUUUUAGAUAAUCAACCCGGAUUACUAAAAAUUAUCCCAGAACAUUUAAAAGAAAUCGAACGAUAUGCCAUUAAGUCUAGUGUAAAUGCGAUACCGACAGGCACUGGGCAAUGGUCGGAGCCAGCAUCCGAUUACUUUACACAGCUUGUUGGUGAUGUAUCGUCGCCUGUAGAUGCACUGAUCGUUCUUAAAGAUGUCACAACUUAUGUAGAUAUCUUCGUAAAUGGCCAAAACGUAACCGAUAAAUUAGUUUCAGAAGGCCAUGCUACUAGAUCCGAGGAAACGGAAUGCGGUGAUUUACCAUCUUGUUUCGCUAGUCAUGUUAACUCUCCGUCCGAAUUUUGGAUUCAACUUGAAACUGCAGCUCCAGAAUUACAAUCAAUGGAGGCAGCGAUGAUUGAUGCCGAAAACUUCCCUGAACUCACUGAAAAAGAAGAAGGCGUUUUGUGUGCUGCUAAAUAUCCUGAAGAUGGUGCCUGGUACAGAGCACAAGUUAUUGUUGACGGUUCUGAAGGCACAGAAGUGUUAUUCAUGGAUUACGGAAAUGCAUCAAUUGCAAACGAAUUACGUAGUCUUCCUGAUGAACUGAAAGUUAAACCGGCUCUUUCUAGAAAGUGUGCUCUACAAAAGCCUCGUGAUGUUAAAACUUGGUCACGAAAAUCUGAGAUCAAAUUUAAUGAUUUGGCUGCUGAAGGAGCCACUAUUUUUAAUGUACAGUUUAUUGCCUCAGGUGACAUUUCUAUAGUAGAACUUUAUCUGGAAGGGAAAUCUGUUACUGAGGAGCUGGUUGGACUCUGUGAAGAACACCCAGUCUCUGAAAGACCUACUCCUGUAGGACAAGACUUGAAUGCUAAUGGAAAAAUUUGUUAUGUUAACUCUUUAGAUGAGUUUUACGUACACUUAGAUGACUCUAUAUCUAAUCUUGAUAAAAUUACAGAGAAAUUAAGGGAAGGUGAAGAAUUCGAACCUAUCACGGAGCUCAAAGUGGGCUCUAUAUGUGCUGCUUUCUGGGAUGAAGACCAACAAUGGUACAGAUCUAAGAUCUUAGAGUUUUGUGACACAGGAUAUCAUGUGCAAUUUAUUGACUACGGCAAUAAAGCUAAAUGUGAAAAAUUCAGACAAUUACCUGAGUAUAUUGCAAUUAUUGAGCCAUUGGGUAAAUGUUGCCGUCUAGCUGGAUUUACUGAUUAUGUUUCAAAUGAAUCCGCCAAAUCAAAACUCGACGAUUUAGUUGCUGAGCUUGUAACAUUCCAAAUAGAAUUUUUAGAUAGCCUCAAAGAACCAUCUCUAGUAAGACUAUUAUUAAAUGGUACAGAUCUAAGCUCUGUACUUAAAAGUGAUUCACCAGAUAUCGCCGACGAAGCCGAUCUGGUAGAUGAAAAAGCAAUUGAUGCACCUAGCAACCAGAAUCAUUCCGAAGAUUUAAAUUCGUCACAGCAAGACUUGAACGAAAGCAUAAGUAGUAGUAACACAGUAAUAGAAAACAAAUCAUAUGAAGAAGAGAAAGACAACUUAAAUGAGAGUAUUAAAUCCAGUGAAUCAAGCAAGAAUCAAACGCUAACACCUGAGAAAAAUGUUUCAACAGAUACUCUAGACAGUUCUAAUGAAGCAUCAACAAUACAUGAAAAAGUAGAUUCUUUGUCAGCUAUGACUACAGAUACUAACAAUAUUAGUGAAGAAAGUCAAGAUAAAAUAAACAAAGAUGCAGUCUCUCCUGAAAAAAAAAUUGAAUCAAAGGAUGAUCAAAAAGUUGAAUAAUAAUAUUUUAAAGUUAACACAUACCAAAAGCAUAUUAACAUAACUAAAUGUUUUAUGUAAUAUUCCUUGUUAAGGAUAUUUCAUGUUUAUGUCAAUAUGUAUUUUACAUAUUUACCCUUGAAAUGUAAAGACUCUCGAGUUUGUUUCGGAUCAAAUUUUACGAUGUGAUAAUUAUCACAAUAAAAUAUUGUGUUGUUUUAAUAACUUAUGCAGUUAUUAUUUCAUUUGUUGAAAUUUUUAUUACUUAAUUAUAGUCUUGUGUUAUUUUUUUUAUAAUUUUGUUAAAUGUCUGUACUUGACACUUAAAUGAGCAGUCAUAUUAUUGUUGUAACAAAAAAAUAGAUUUACUAUUGACCGUGUUGUAUAAAAAUAAGUGGUGCUUUUGACAAUCUAAUUAUAUUUUCUUGUACCCAUAUAAUAUGUUAUUGUACUUUAAAAAAUACUCAUUUUUAUAAAGUGAUUUUUCUUCUGUGUGAAGAUUCUAGAGAAAUGAAUAAAGCUAAAAUCACAUUUUUUUUCUUAAUAUAUAAAUUUCAUUUUUGCAAU